CUCACAGAACCAGGAAGUAACUCCUCCUUUCAGAGAAAACGAAACUGAUUUCUUGCACCGUGUCUAAAUUCAGGAAAAUGGCCAAGGCCAGUAUUUCAGUAGAUCAGGAUCAGUUCAGCUGUCCAGUGUGUCUGGAUCUCCUGAAGGAUCCGGUGGCUAUCCCCUGUGGUCACAGUUUCUGUAAGGUGUGUAUUAAUGGUUGCUGGGAUCAGGAGGAUCAGAAGGGCGUCUACAGCUGUCCUCAGUGCAGAGACACUUUCACUCCAAGGCCUGUUCUACGCAGAAACAACAUGCUGGCUGAAGUGGUGGAGAAACUGAAGAAGACUGACCUCCAAGCUGCUUCUCCUGCUCACUGUUACGCUGGACCUGGAGAUGUGGAGUGUGAUUUCUGCACCAGGAGAAAACACAAAGCUGCCAAGUCCUGUCUGAUGUGUCUGGCCUCCUUUUGUGAAACUCAUCUGAAACCUCACUAUGAAGUUCCUGCUUGGAAAAAACACACAUUAGUUGAAGCCUCAGGAAAUCUACAAGAGAAGAUCUGCUCUGAACAUGAUAAAGUGCUGGAGAUCUACUGUCGUACUGAUCAAAGAUUCAUCUGUUAUCUGUGUAUGACGGAUGAACACAAAACCCACGACACUGUCUCAGUUAAAGCUUACAGAACUGAAAAAGAGAGUGAGUUAAAGGAGGAGCAGAUAAAAUUCCAGCAGAGAGUCCAGGAGAAGCAGAAGAAGGUGCAGGAGCUGAAACAGGCUGUGAACACUAUAAAGCUCAGUGCACAGACAGCAGUAGAUGACAGUGAGAGGAUCUUUACUGAGAUGAUCAGCUCCAUGGAGAAAAAGCGCUCGGAGGUGACGGAGCUGAUCAGAGCUCAGGAGAAGGCUGAACUGAGUCGAGCUGAACGACUCCUGGAGCAACUGGAGCAGGAGAUUGCUGAUCUUCAGAAGAGAGUCACUGAGCUGGAGCAGCUUUCACACACACAUGAUCACAUCCAUUUCCUCCAGGCUUUAGCUUCUGGACGUCGGUCUCCACCAUUAACCAGACCAGAUUUUGACACGUCCAGCAUCACUGUCCCUCAACAUCUGUCAUUUGAUGGAGUGAGGAAUUCUCUCUCAGAUCUGAAGAAGAGACUGGAGGAAUUCUGUGAGGAGGAAUUCAACAAAAUCCCUCCACAUGCUGCAGCAGUUCAGAUCAUUUCACCAUCAGAGCCACAGAGCAGAGAAGAGUUUCUGAAAUAUUUCUGUUAUCUGACUCUGGAUCCCAACACGACACAUCCUCACCUCAUUCUGUCUGAGAAGAACAGAGUGGUGAGAGUCAGUGAGAGAGAGCAGCAGUACUCUGAUCAUCCAGAGAGAUUUGACUCCUACAGACAGGUGUUGUGUAAGGAGAGUGUGUGUGGACGCUGUUACUGGGAGGUGGAGUGGAGCGGUGGUGUGUCCAUAUCAGUCUCAUAUAAAGACAUCAGCAGGAAAGGACGGGGUGAUGAGUGUGGGUUUGGACGCAACAAUCAGUCCUGGAGUCUGUGGUGUUCUUCUUCUUCUUCUCUCUCUUUCUAUCACAACAACAUUAAGACUGAUCUCAGAGUUCCAUCACCCUCCAGAAUAGGAGUUUAUGUGGAUCACAGUGCAGGAACUCUGUCCUUCUACAGCGUCUCUGACACCAUGAAGCUCCUCCACAGAGUCCACACCACAUUCACUCAGCCUCUAUAUGCUGGAUUCAGGCUCUACUGGUGUGUAGGUUCUCCAUCUGUGAGAUUGUGUGAUCCAGAAUAAUGUGUGUAGAGUUUUGUGUAAAAUUCCUGCACAUUACCACAUUGUUACUCCAUCAUCUGUUUUACUAGCACACAAUCCAGCUGCACAAAAUACAGUCAUUUUUAUUUUGUAAGAAAAACAGAUGAGUGAUUAAAAUAAAAAAAUUAAAAUGAAUGGUUUAUUAAAAACUUAAAAUUAAAAUCAAUAUUUCAUUAAAAAUUAACUGUCAGACAAGAACCUAAUAUAGUUUUAAAAAAGAAAUGAUCAAAUGAUAUCUGUAUGUAAAAUACACAUUCAUUUUUUGAAGUAUAAAGUAAAAUUGUUGAAAUUUCACUGUAAAGCAUUUAACAAUAUUUAAACUACAUUAAAUCACACAGUAGAUGAUUGGUUAAAGCGUUGUCUUGUGUUCCUUCCAUAUUCAGCCUGGAUGAUGAUUGGCUGGCAGACAGACAGAAUUUUUGCUUUCUAAAAUGCUGAUUGUCGAAUAAAUAGUUUUGUGGCUGAGUAAUGAAGAGUGUAAAGUAACUGGGGAGUUUUUUAUUCCAAUUUUAUCUGCAUUCAGAAUAUUGCUCUAUUCUGUGAUUUUUGGGAUUAAUUUGAAAUUAUUUUAGAAAUGUGUCUGAUUAGUGGAACAUUUAAGUGGAGCAUUUCUCUUUCAGACCACCAGAGGGCGCACACACCACUUCAUCACUUCACUUUUUAUUAUUUUAUUUUAAUACUCUGCAUGGACAUUUUUAAAAUUACACACACCAAAACAAACAAACAAACAAACAAACAAAAAAACAUGCAUCAGUUCCUCAACCAAGUAAAACAGAAUCAAGACAUUCCUCUUCUCCAUUCAUUACACAGAUGAAAAGUGCUGAUAUAACUCUUUAUGAAAUAUCCACAAGUUUGGUUUCAUUUUCAGAAAUCUGUUCUUGUGGAAAAAAUAAGUUUUCAAGAAUAUUAAUUACAUUAUUCACUAAAUCAUGUGUUCUAGCUUUUAUAGAAAUGCCAAAGAUCAUAUUUUCUCUUGCAAUAUCACAGAGAUUGUUAAAUUUAGGAAUAACCAGUAAUGCAAAUCUUCCCAAAAUGCACAGACAAAUUUACUCUAAUAAAAUAAAUGAUCUGUUGUUUCAGUUUGUUUAUAACAGAAUGUCCAGCUGUUACAGUCUAGACCAAAACAGCAUCUUAAAUGAAAUGGACUCUGAAAUGGAUUCCUUUUGCUUUGGGUGAGAUUGGAAAUCUAAAACAUUUCCAUAACAAUUAAAUCAAUGGUCUAAAUGUCAUAACAUCAUUGGAGAAAUAAUGGGAAAUUUGAAUUUUUGUUUGAGGAAAAAGGAUAAAAAUCUUUGACAAAGGUCUUCCUAAUUAUAAAACUGUGAAAUAUUGGACUAGUGAGAGCAGGUUAACUCCCCAAAAGCUGAGGAAGAUGAGGAGUUACAUGAUGAUUAUAUAAGUUUUAAGAUGUUUGAAUUAUAGAUUGUGGGAAUGCUUUGAUAACACCAUCAUACUGUUUUUGGUCCAGUAUCUUAAAUAAAAAAAAAUCCUGAGACAUUAUGUUUCCAGUAAUUACCUAAAAUGUACAUGACAGACCAUACUGCUUUCUCCAUCCAGCUUUUCUAAAAUAAAGACUUGUUC